AUGGACCUGAUCAGAAGGGCCACCAGGGUGGCUCCCAGCAAACCUCCCCUACAACUGCCCCUCGAUGAGAAGCGAGACUCCAAACACAACAAGGCCGUCGACAAUCGCAUGGCCUUCUUCCGUAGGCCGCUACGAUUAAAGGGGAAUUCGACGAUUUCUGUACCUCUGGGCGUGGUCAUCUUUUUUCCUAUGCUUGUUUUAAUCCUUAUUUUUAUUCUUUUCGUUAGCCAUCCCAGUUCUCCCGGCAGGGGUUUCCUUAUACCAGGAGGCGCUGCCCCUAAAAUGCGCGAAAAGUACGACAAGGUGUUCGUCGAGGGCUGUGCCCAGCCCGACACCAGCAAACCUCGAGCCAAUGCUGCUUUUGUGAUAUUGGCGAGAAACAAGGAGCUUGAUGGUGUGUUGCAAUCCAUCAAGUCGGUCGAGAGACACUUCAACAGGUGGUACAACUACCCCUAUGUGUUCCUCAAUGAUGGCGAUUUCGACGAAAACUUCAAAGAGGCCAUUCGAAACCACACUUCGGGUGAAGUCGAGUUUGGAAAGGUUGGACCAGACAUGUGGGGUUUCCCUGAUUGGAUCGAUCCCAAGGUUGUCAAAGAGGGCAUUGCAAAGCAGGGUGAUGCUGCUGUCAUGUACGGAGGUUUGGAGAGUUACCACAAGAUGUGUAGAUUCUACUCUGGCUUCUUCUUCAACCAUCCUCUACUACUCAAGUAUGAGUGGUAUUGGCGAGUCGAGCCAGAGAUCAGCUAUUUCUGCGACAUCACAUACGACCCCUUCCAAAAGAUGAUCGAACACAACAAAACAUAUGGCUUCACAAUUGCCGUCAAAGAGCUUCGCGAGACUGUCCCCAACAUCUUCCGAUACGCCUCCGCGUACAAGCGACUCAAUAACAUCACAUCCAAGGGCCUAUGGGAAAUGUUUGUCGAGCCACCAGAGGACGAGGAGGAGGACUCUCCCAAGGAAAGCGAUACCUCUCCAAACGAUAACAGUUUCUGGGAUACCCUUACAGGGAAGAAGAAGAACACUAUUGACCCCGAGUCAAUGGAGGGAGAGGCCUACAACAUGUGCCAUUUUUGGUCUAAUUUCGAGAUUGCCAAACUCAGCUGGUUCCGCAGCAAGGAGUAUCAGGAUUUCUUUGAAAUGAUGGACCGCAGUGGUGGCUUUUGGAUGGAACGAUGGGGCGAUGCUCCCAUCCACUCCCUUGCCGCUGGCGCUCUGCUUGGACCCCAGGACAUCCAUUACUUCCGAGACUUUGGGUACCGACACACGACAAUCCAGCAUUGUCCUGCUAACGCACCCGGCAAGCAACUCGCUCGUGAGCCUUACCUCGAGAAGACGACAUUUCCAGAAUAUAAGCGCUUCGAGGAAGACGACUACUGGGAGCAGUGGGACGACGUGCAAGAAGGUGGCAUUGGCUGCCGUUGCAGGUGUGACACAGAUGUUGUCGAUGUUGAGGGCAAGGAAGGAUCUUGUCUGGCUGAAUGGGUCGACGUUGCUGGCGGCUGGGCUCAUCCAUAUUAA